AUGCCGUCAAAUCUCUUAGGUGUUUAUGCAGGUUUGCAUUGUUGUGAGAUUGUGGCGGGUAAUCUUCUAGGGAGAGAAGUUAUGCCGUCAGAUCUCUUGUGUUGUGAGGUGCAUAGAGAUGCAUCGGUUGUGAGGUUAAAGCACGGCUAUGCCGCUAAACCUCGAGUGCAUACUAACAUGGUGGUGCUUAAAGGCCCAUGUGUUGAGUAUGGCUCCGGUGUGGUGAGGAUCUGGAUGGCUAUGCCAUCAGAUCUAUUUUGUGGAGGUUCUAGUUGGUAA